CUAUAUAACAGAGGCGCCUGCAGUCAUAUACAGGGGGCCAUCAGAGUAUUUCAAUACUAGAAACAUGGCGGACAUCUGGAACUUUCCCGAGUUCACACGGGCAGUCGUGCGAGAGGUUUCAGAUAACGUCAACAACGCAACGCGAAGCCCGAUUUCCACGGAAGACAUUGACCUGGACAAGUGCCGGGCUGAGUGGGAACUCUACGUGCAGACGCUACGGGACCUGGGUCUGGACGUGACGGUGAUUCCGCAAGACCCCAGCCUGCCCGACUGCAUGUUCGUGGAAGAUUCAUGCAUCGUGGUUGGAGACACGGCGCUCAUCACGAGGCCCGCAUGCGGACCCAGGCAGGGGGAGACAGCGAUAAUGGAAGAGAUCAUGGCGAAUCUCGGGCUAAAAGUAAAAGUGGUAGAAAGUGAUACAGCCACCCUGGAAGGCGGUGACGUCAUUUUUACAGGCAAGGAGAUAUUCUGCGGCGAUUCGGUGUUGAGUAACGAGGAGGGGUUCGCCAUCUUGCAGGAGACUUUCCCUGACUACCCGUGCCACUCCAUCUUUGUGGAGUAUCCGGAGUUCCAUCUGAAGGGGUACAUGGCGCUGGCUGCUCCGGGGGUGAUCGCCACGUGUGAUAAUGAGUGGGGGCAUCCUGGCUGGAAGGACAUCUGCGACACCUCCAACUACACUUACAAGCCCCUUUGGAUUCCUGACGACUUUGGUAACAACUGCAUGUUCAUCAACGGCAACAUCAUACACACUACAGAUGACCAGAAGCCGGACACUUAUGCGGUGUUCAAGAAACAGAUGGCUGACUACAACCUGAUCGCCAUGCCGACGGAGGAGGUCAGCAAGGUUGACGCAGCCCUGACGUGCCAGUCUAUCCUGUUCUGAGCACAGGCCAUACGUACCCGGAAGGAUUUGGUUAUGUGGAUGCCAUCAAGUUUCGGCCGUUUAAAAAAGUCUAGAUCGUCCACCAUGCCGUAUAUUGUUGAAUCCAGCUAAAAUGAGCAAGUGUAUGCCGUGUAUCAAUCAAAUAUACCACAAAAUAUACUAAUAUUAUAGAAUGCCAACGUCAAUUCCAAGGUCUAACGAGAAGAUGUGAAAGAACAAAAUGAAACAAUUGUUCAGUA